UGAUCACCCUGCAGGGAUGACUAAAAUCUAUCUUCUGUCAUUAUCAGGUGGAACGGGGCUUCAGGGCCGUUCAUAUAUCCGGGGUGGAGCUGCAGCACAUGGGCCAGCAGACAAUGGGACACUACCCGGUCCAUUUCCACAUGAACGGAGACGUGGACGAGAAGGGAGGUUACGACCCCCCGACUUCUGUCAGCGAUCUCUCUAUCCACCACUCCUUCUCCCGCUGCGUAACCAUCCACAGCUCCAACGGACUGCUGGUGAAGGACGUGGUUGGCUAUGACGCACUAGGCCACUGUUUCUUCACGGAGGAUGGUCCAGAAGAGAGGAAUAUGUUUGACCACUGUUUGGGUCUGAUGGUGCGAGCCGGGACUCUGCUGCCUUCUGACAGAGAUGGCAAAAUGUGCCAUGACAUCACUGAUGGAGCCUACCCAGGAUAUGUGGCCAACCCACGGCAGGACUGCAGCGCCACUUCAACUUUCUGGAUCGCCAACCCCAAUAACAACCUCAUCAACUGUGCUGCUGCAGGCUCAGAGGAAACAGGUUUCUGGUUCAUCUUCCACCAUGUGCCCACCGGGCCCUCAGAGGGUCUGUACUCCCCCGGACACACCGAACACGCACCUAUGGGCCAAUUCACUAACAACAGAGCCCAUUCCAACUACAGGGUGAGUCUGAGGAAGGACUGGUGCCAGGGGAGGAAAAGGUCUUGGACUAGCCGUUCUUUCAGAACAAGCCAGAUGUGCCAAUAUAAAAUGUUCACACUACAAUUACAUACACAAUUAAAUACACUGAACCGUGAAGCUUGCUCAGCAGAAGCAUAACCAUAAAAUACACGUUAAAAUAGCACAAACAUCAGCUUGGUUGUUAAAGGUUUAGGACACUCUAUGUGUGCAUCAUAUUGUGGGUGUCUUUUUGAUUUCACGUAUGUAUUUAUGUACUCAAAUAAUAGUUUGUGUGCAAGUGAAAAGUAAAGAAAAGAAGGAAAGUGUUAUCUCUCUGUAGGGUCCAUUCUAUAAUGUUGUCAUAUGCUUGUAUUUAAAAUCUGAGCGAUUACAGCCGUUACACUGUUGCCGUUUGCGGCGUUCUCCCUCAAUACCGGACCAAUUUCAAAGAUUGUUAUCCCUAAUAGUUACCUAGACGCAAAAACAUGGGAUAUGAAAACAGGGUCAGGUUUUGUAAAGCAUGGCAAUCCAAGAUGAUCUCCAUUUGUGGAAUGGUGUAUUUAUUAUGCUCCACAAAACAAAUGACAUGCACACUUGUUGAAAAGGUAUUUGUAAUAUUUACAAGACAUCAGAAACUGGACCCACUCUUUCAGCAGUCUGUUCAGGGCUGCACUUUCAGGAGUCUACAGUGGCUACACACACCAGAGCAUUCCCCAAAACCAACUUUGGGAUAACAAAAAACAGAUGUAAUAGCUCAAGAAAAUAGACUAGUUCACUGUGAACACCCACAAGACUAGCCAUACUACCAGGCUGCUUCUGUGGCUCCGAAAACUGCAAUUCCAAGAAAAUAACUUUGAAGAUGUCACAGUGAUGGGUUAUCUCAUUUUGGGCUAUAAGUGCAAAUGAAAUGAAGGAAGCCUGUGUUACAAGUUUGAGGUUUGACAUUUGAAAAAUCUUGCCAUUUACCAGUCAAGAAGGGUCUAAUAAGAGACUGAGUUCCAUUCUGUUAACAUUAAAAGCCUUCGAUGUAUAAUAUUCACAGGUGUGUGAUGAAGUGACCCCAGUGACUUCUUACAUGGGUUUCCAUGACUAGAAGUCCGUAUAGCACAACGACCUAAAACCUAAAUUACUGGGUUCUUCUUUUUCAAGGUGUCACUGAAAACCAACAGCCAAUGCAACACAUCGAUACGUUUGGAACUAGUUUUAGAGAAAUCUGUACUUUAUCAGCAUUCAUUUGAAUACUAAAAACAGAACAUCACUAAGAGCUAAGGGGAGAGAAGAGUGUCGGUAGUCACUUGCUAUGCAAAAAAAGAGAGGACAAGCAUUAGGUGAAUAGUAGGAAUAAACAAAGGACAGGUCAGAGUUUGGAGGCACCUGCGGCAUCAAGCUCAGCCCAGCAGAGAGAGAUUUAUGAGGUGCUGGUGGAGAGGAAGUGUGACUGUUUCACCCUCCUUCCUCUGUGCCCAACAAUGAGUUCUUUUCCCCACCAUCUCACACCCUCCUUCCCUUUUAAUUUGGAUCAUCUUAAUGGGAGCAUAGCUCAUGUCAGGCUGCCACCCCAGGAUGUUUGUGAGAGAAGAGGUUGUGUCAGGGCUGCAGGUUGGGCGUUUACAGCAGCAACACAGUGGUUGUCUUUGUUUUGAAGCAGCAAACUGACUGAGGAGCAUUUGUAAUAUUUGGAUUUUUCAGAGCUCUGAAACAACUAGGGCUAGUGCAGGGGUCUCAAACUCGCGGUGCGCGUUUUUCUCACGCGCACCUUUUUCUCACGCGCACCUUUUUGCCGAGUUGUUGCGCGAGUCGUUGUGGGCGUUUUAUAUUUACAACGUGAAUUAGCGAAACUCAUCACUUGGUUGAAACGUGAUUCAGGAGUGACACCAAGUGGAAGGAAAAUAUACAGUAUCUCACCCAGUCCCAGUCAUGUCUUUCUCAAAACCUGCCGUGAAGAGAAAAGUUGGCGAAGAGCACAGACAAUUCCAGGAAAAGUGCGAGAGGAAUAUUUUUUUGUUGAGCACCGGGGCACUCCGACGUGUCUUAUAUGCACAGAGAAAGUCGCGGUACAUAAGGAGUACAACCUCAAACGUCAUUACUCAAAGAGACAUGCCGAGGAGUAUACAAAAUACCAGGGAGAUGAGAGAGAGGCCCGGGUCGGCGAUCUUAAAACAUGUUUACUGAGGCGACAAGAUUUUUUUAAGAAAGCGAGUGACGCGGCAGUCGAAGCGAGCUACGUGGUGAGUGAGAUGAUCGCCAAGGCGGGAAAGCCAUUCAAAGAAGGCGAGUUCAUAAAAAAUUGCAUGUUACAGGCUGCAAGUAUAGUCUGUCCGGAAAAAAAGAGUCAGUUUAGCAACAUCAGCCUUUCAGCCAACACAGUGGCAGAGCGCAUUUCUGACCUGUCAGGUAACAUAUAUGAUCAACUACGGGAGAAAGCCAAACAUUUCUGUGCAUUCUCAGUUGCUCUUGAUGAGAGCACAGACAUCACUGGCACUGCGCAGCUCGCAAUGUACAGUUGUGUGAAAAAGUGUUUGCCCCCUUCCUGAUUU